AUGUCCAGCCUUUUCGACAACUUCAGCGGCUACAGCAUGGCCCAGCUCAACGAGGUCCUGGAAGACGACGAAAAACUCACUAAAAUGGUGCAGGAAAUGAACGAGAUGCAGGAGGUGCAGCAGAGCAAAGAGGAGACGCUGGUCAACAACAGGACUUUGGCCGAGCUCAACCUGUCUCUUCAGCCCAAACUGGAGCUUCAGAAAGAGCAGCUCACCAAACGCUACAGUCACCUGCAGGAGUGCUUCGAGUCAUUCCAGCUCCGCAAGUCCACGCUGGACCACAGCUCUGGGAACAUGUCUUUGGACACACUGCUAGCUCUGCUUCAGGCCGAGGGCGCCAAGAUCGAGGAGGACACCGAGAACAUGGCCGACUGCUUCCUGGACGGCGACAUGACGCUGGACUCGUUCGUGGACUCGUACCAGAGUCAGAGGAAGCUUGCCCAUCUGCGGCGCGUCAAGAUCGAGAAGCUGCAGGAGAUGGUUAUGAAGGGCCAGCGUCUGCCCCAGAUGCCCGUCCCCGCGCCCCGCACACAGGACCUUCCCAAGAUCCCGGAGACCAACCACUCCUCCAACGGCAACAGCUCUCCACACAGCGCCGUCCAGGCCACGAGGAAACCGCCGCCGCCGCCAUCUCAGCCAGCGCCCCUUUUGAACCAAGCCUUCUCCCCGUACCCGCCCAUCCCCCCACGGACGGGCCAGCCUUUCCCCUCCGUCCAGGGCUACCCUUUCUUGCCACAGUGCGCUCCGGCUCUGCCCCAGCGACCAGCCCCCAGACUGGCCCCGCAGCCCGGCUUCAUCAUGCAGUAG